AGAAGAACCAACGAAGAAGUCAGACACAGUUACCACAGCAGAAGCCCGAACAAAAUGGUGUAGAAAAUAAAUCCUAAAGAUGGACAAAAAGAAGAAACCCUUCGCCGUGACUGCUUCAUCUCUGGUGGACCUUAAAGCUGAACUGUACAGAAAGCAGGAACAGUUCAAACAGGAAAAACUUGGCCAUGAAAAUACUGAUGCUGGAUUCACAUCAAAAUCCAAAGUCAAGAAACCUAAUGUCUGGAGCAAACAAAACGCUGGUGUCUCUGCAAGAGCUGAGAAAGAUGCGGAGCAGCUGGUUGAGGAGCAGAACAGCCUGGACACAUCAAGACGCAAGUUGGAGGAGAAGGCCAAACUCUAUGAGCAAAUGACAAAAGGAGACUUUCCAGAUGAAGAGACCGAGGGGCUUUUCCUGGUUGAUUUCACCCAGAAGAUUAUUGACAAAAAGAGAGAAACACUUGCACAGAAGGAAACAGAAAGAGUUGACAAGGAAAGAGACAACUUAUCUCCCGUCCCUCCUCCUGAAAACCCAGAUGAGGAAUGGGUGGAUUAUGUGGAUGGUUUGGGCCGAUCUCGAAGAUGCAUGAAGAAAGACCUGCCAGGUUUUAAGAAAAUGGACCAAGACCUUACAGGAAAAGGGAAUGCUUCAACUGAUAAGACCUUACUCUCCGAGGACAUGCGUCGAGAGCUGCAGAGGCAGGAGUGGGAGAGGGAGGAAGAGGAGGCUAUGAAGAGGCCUGUAGGACCGAUCCACUACGAGGAUAUUAGGGGACAAGAGGCUCGAGAUCUCGGUGUGGGCUACUUUGCUUUCGCUCACGAUGAAGAGCAGCGCAGAAAGCAGAGAGAGACUCUGGACAUGCUGAGAGACCAGACAACAGAUCAGCGCACCAAGAGGGAACAACUGAAGGACAAGAGGCAGGCCAUCCUGAAGGCCCGAUUGACCAAAGUGAGGCAGAGGAAGAUGAAGAAGGCCAAGCUGGAUGGCACUGAGGACGAGCAGAGAGAGGACGAGAAUGAAGGAGAGGAGGACGAAGGUGACAUUAUAGGACCCUCGCCUCCAGCAGAGGACUCUCCAGAAGUAAGCACAGUGAAGAAGGUGGUAGUGGAGAUCCAGGAAAGGAAGGACACCAAACCAGGAGUUCCUCAUGUCAGAGAAUGGGACAGAGGCAAAGAGUUUAUGUUUACCGAGUGGACAAAUCGGCGUCGCGAAGAGCGAGAGUCAAAUUUUGCGCCUCCCUCUGCGUACUUUACUGAGGUGAAGAGGGAAAGACCAGGGAAGAUCAAAACUCAGGAGAAUAAAUCCAAGAUGUCGUUUAAGUGGAGCAAAGCCCCAGAAGAAAUCUCUGAGAGCAAGGAGGAACCACAAUCUCAGCCUAAAACGGCCCCUUCACCUCCACCUCCCCCACCUCAACAAAAUAUUCCACCUCCAUCACAACCACAGACUUCAUCGCAGUCAUCACCUUCAGAUCAGCCAGCAGAUUCAGCUCCUGAGACCGCUCCUCCUGUUGAUCCCGAGCAACCCCCUCCUCCAUUUUAUCCUCCGUUUCCUUCUCCUCAGUUUGCUGGACCACUUCCUCCGUAUCCCCCACAGUAUCCACACCAGUAUCAACACCAGUAUCAACACCAGUAUCAACACCAGUAUUCACAUCAGUUUUCAAACCAGUAUCAACCCCAGUAUCCACACCAGUAUCCACCCCAAAAUCCAUCCCAGUAUCCAUCCCAGUAUCCACCCCAGUAUCCACCCCAUUAUCCACCCCAGUAUCCACCCCAGUAUCCACCUCAUCUGCAGAGCCAGUCUCAGCCUGAGCCCUCCUUGCAGCCUGUAGACCUCAGCCAGGCCCAAAAGCCUACACAGAGUCUGGACGACAUGCUGUCCUUUUUCAGGAAAACUACCUGAUCUCUUACAUGUCAUAUUUAACGAGUAGUUGCUUCAUACCGCUGUUCCUUUUUUUAGUUUUUUUUUUUAGAAAAUCACAGAAACAACUUCUCAGCUCUUUGGAGUUUUAGAUUUUAAUAAAUAUCAGGAAUU